UUUGAGUGGGUGGCAAUGACCCUCCUGGUAAAACUGGCCUUGCUUUUGUUACAGAGGGGCUAAGGAAGUUCUGCACCUCCUUCUCAGCACCACUGGAGAGCAAGUUGAGGCGGCCAUCAUUGACCAACUUUUCUGCCGGGACAAUUUCAACCAGGGGUUGUCUGCCAUGGUGAGAGCUGUCGGAAAGCGACGUUGGUGGAUCCGUCCCAUGGUGGAAAAUAUCACCGCUGCUCUCGGGGACCAGGAGUUUGCCGGAAUGCCAGAAGUAGCGGCAGCUAUCUACAUCGAGCUGCUCAGCUGCCGUCUGCAGGUUCCCUGUCAGGAUACAUUGGAGCAGCUCCACACCUGGCUGUCACAUGACCACCUGCAAGUCCAGAAGCUCAGCGCCAGAGGGAUAUCCCUGAUUCUGGACUCUGACAUGGACCCUUCGCUUCUGCGGCUGUCGCUGCCGGAUUUCUUCCCUGAUGCAGAAGCUGAUGUCUUCCCACAGAUGUUAGAGCUAGUAGACCAAGCCUACAUGAAGAUGCUGGCGGCAACCUACUGUGAUAUGGCUUCACAUGAGGAAGCCUCCGUCCGGGCAGCAGCCAUCCAAUAUCUGGGGCUGCUUCGGGGCUGGGCGAGAGACCAAAGGCUUCCCAUAACAACAACUAAAGAAGAAGCCAUUAAUGAACUGGUCGUCGUCCUCAUUCACCUCGAAGACGAGGACGAGGUGGCCAAGGCCGCAAGGAGGGCUCUUUCCCAUCUAGCCCCACAAGUCAAGUGGUGGGCACAUCCCAACAAAUUUAGCCUCCACUUUGCUCUCCACCAGGCCGCCAAGCAUCUGAGCAAGACCUUCAGCAAGAACAUCCUUCGGAGUGCUGCCUUGGCAUGUACGAAGCCAUCUGCCAACAGGCUGCCAGCAGUCUCCAGGGUAGCAGCUCUGCUUCUGGGUCAUCUGGCUUUCCGGGAUGCCGGUUUCAUCCACAGUCAAGACAUGGCAUCCUACGGCACAUGGCUGGAAGAGAUGCAGCAGUACGAGGAAGAAGGGCUCAGGCGGACAGGGAGGAGCUGCCUGAACAUCAUGCAGCGGGCCUAUAAACAUCGGCAGAAAGGCAGGGUCCGGCGCCUUGUGAGGAGGCUGCUCUGCUGUAUUCACAGGGAACCUUACCCGCAGGACUUCCUGAGCUGCAUGCCAGAACUUCCGCAGUAG